AUGGAUGAUGUUCUCAGCUCAGCUCCAGCCGUGAUACUGCUUAUCAGCAUAUGGAAAAUAUUCGGACAGUUCUUCAUCCGCUCUCCACUCGACAAUAUUCCCGGGCCCCCGCGUGGAGAGUUCCUCUAUGUGUUGCACAAGAGCAUCGGCUGGGGAUUCAUCCAAAACCUCACAGAGUCUUACCCCGGCAUUGCCAAGCUCCAUGGUCCUCUCGGUCAUCGCAUGCUCUACGUCUGGGAUCCUGCAGCGUUGCACCACAUCGUAGUCAAAGACCAGUAUAUCUACGAGGAGGCCGCAUGGUUCAACCUCCUCCGCUUCGGCCCCGGCCUCCUCGCGACGCUCGGCGACACCCACCGGCGGCAGCGCAAGCUCCUCAACCCCACCGCGAUCGGGCGCCGCGUCGGCGCAUCCCCGGGCGGCGUCCCGGUCGAGCUCGACGUGCUCGCGUGGAUGGGCCGCACCGCGCUCGAGCUCAUCGGCCAGGCCGGCCUCGGGCACUCGUUCGACCCGCUCACGGCGGACACCCCGGACGAGUUCGCGACGAUCGUCAAGUCGUUCGGGCCGUCGCUCGUGCUGAUGAACCACCUCCGCCGCGUCCUGCCUUACAUCCCCAGCAUCGGUCCGCCGGCGUUCCAGGCGAAGGUGGUCGAGCUCUUCCCGCACAGGGGCAUACAGGGCGUCAAGAGGUUCAUUGACAGGCUGCACGACGAGAGCCUGAAGAUCUACCGCGGGAAGAUCGCCGCGAUGGAGAAGGGCAACGAGGAAGUCCUGAAGCAGGUCGGAGAGGGCAAGGACGUGAUGAGCAUCUUGAUCAGAGCCAACAUGGAAGCUUCCGAGGAGGACAGACUCCCUGAGGAAGAAGUCAUCGCACAGAUCUCGACGUUCAUCUUCGCUGCCAUGGACACCACCUCGAACGCGCUCGCCCUGACGCUCCAGGAGCUCGGCGACCACCCGGAGGCGCAAGACCGCGUGCGCGCCGAGAUCCUCGCCGCGCUCGACGGCCGCGAGACGCUCGAGCACGACGAGCUCGUCGCGCUCCCGUUCCUCGACGCCGUCUGCCGCGAGACCCUCCGCCUGCACGCGCCCGUGACCCAGGUGUUCCGCGAGACGCGCCAGGACGUCGUCCUCCCGCUUUCGCAGCCGAUCCGCGGCGUCGACGGCGCGCUCGUCCGCGAGAUCGCCGUCCCGCGCGACACGACCGUCGCGAUCGGCAUCCUCUCCGCGAACCGGAACAAGGCCGUCUGGGGCGAGGACGCGGAGGCGUGGCGGCCGGAGCGGUGGCUCCAGCCGCUCCCGGCGACCGUCCAGGACGCGAAGGUGCCCGGGAUCUACUCCAACCUCAUGACGUUCUUGGGCGGCGGGCGGGCGUGCAUUGGCUUCAAGUUUUCGCAGCUGGAGAUGAAGUGCGUGCUGUGCUUGCUCCUCGCCAAGUUCACGUUUGCGUGGUCGGACAAGCCCGUCACGUGGAACCUCUCCAACGUCCGCUUCCCGACGGUGGGCAACAACCCGAAGCCCUCCAUGCCGAUGAUGGUUGGGCUGUACCAACCCGCGCCCGCCCCCACCGUGUCUGCUUGA